UUGUUCCACUAAAGCUCCCACAGAUUCUCUACGUUUCUUCUCCAAGUUUGAGAACGGAAACUUAAGGAAAGUUCUUCACAUCCGCAGAGAUGAGUAUGAUUUGAUCCUUAAUGCUGAUGUGAACUCUUCAGCUCAUCAGCAGUGGUUUUAUUUUGAGGUCAGUGGAAUGAUGAUAAACGUUCCGUACCGCUUCAAUGUCAUCAACUGUGAGAAAAGCAACAGCCAGUUCAACUACGGCAUGCAGCCUGUGGUCUACUCAGUAAAAGAGGCACUAGAGGGAAGACCUCAGUGGGUUCGAACUGGAAGUGAGAUCUGCUACUACAGGAAUAAUUUCCAGCUGUCUGAAGGUCACAGAGGUCACUGUUUUUACACAUUGACCUUCACCAUCACCUUUAGUCACGAGGACGAUGUGUGUUACGUGGCUUAUCAUUAUCCAUACACCUUCUCUGCACUGCAGUCUCACCUCCAGAUGAUGCAACACUCUAUUGACCCUCAGAAGAUUUUCUUCAGACAUCAGACGCUGUGCAGCACACUCGGGGGAAACGCCUGUCCUCUGAUCACCAUCACGGCCACGCCCACCUCACACACCUACAAACACCUGCACCAGCUUCGGAACAGGCCGUGUGUGUUCCUGACAGCGAGGGUGCAUCCUGGUGAGUGUAACUCCAGUUGGGUGAUGAAGGGGACUUUAGAGUUCCUGUGCAGCGACGACGCCGUGGCCGAGAGUCUGAGAGAGACGUUUAUCUUCAAAAUCGUCCCCAUGCUGAACCCUGACGGCGUGAUACAUGGCAAGGAAUCUAACAUCUGGAUACAAGGUCCUUCUGGCCAGUGGAGAAGGACAUGGUGUGUCUGCAGCCGGCUGUAAAAACAGAGCCUCUGUGUGGGAACAUGGCUAUAUAGAAUAUGGGAAAGCUGUGUGAGUGUGUGAGAUGGAGUCGAGUCAGUGAGUAACAAGCGACGUCUUCGUCUGCUGCUUCAUAAGAUCUACAGUAGGAGUGAAAUGGUGAUCAGAUGAGCGACACAAAGUGCAAUGAAGACUUCAGAUUAAAGUGUCAUCUCUAAUAUGA